AUCAAGUGCCUUUAUUAUCUGCUAUCACACACUAUGUAAUUGUGUGGGCUUAAAGCAGAGAUAGAUUUGUGAGAGUUAAAAACUCCCCCGUGUGUAUUCUGGAGGUUUUUCUGCGACUCGGUGUUUAAUAGUCAAGUACAGCAUUGUGCUUUCCAGGCUGUGAAGCAUAAGGUGGAAUGGACAUUUUAGAUUGCUGCUGAUUUGAUCCUCUGGAAUCUGCAAAAGGAAAGUCUGCCAGGCUCUGUGAAUAGCUUUGCAGUGUAACAGGAGUGGAGUUCCCGAGCAGAAUUGCCGAGAGAUAUGUGAAUGCGUGGGAGCCAAGCUGAGCCCAUCGGUGUUUCUGCCUCAAACCUGGGCUCGUUCCCCAGGCACAGCCUGUGUGUGGGGUGAACACCUCCGUGGCACCUGGAGAUGAUGUCAGUCGAAGGGUCGACGAUAACGAGUCGCAUCAAAAAUCUGCUUCGCUCCCCUUCCAUUAAGCUGAGGAGAAGCAAGCCUGGGAACAAGCGAGAAGAUAUAGGCAGCAAGGUGACUUUGGAGAAGGUGUUGGGCAUAACCGUGUCGGGAGGCAGAGGACUGGCCUGUGACCCCAGAACUGGCCUCGUUGCUUAUCCAGCUGGGUGUGUUGUUGUGCUGUUCAACCCUAGAAAAAAUAAGCAACACCAUAUUCUAAACAGCUCCAGGAAAACAAUUACAGCACUUGCUUUCUCUCCAGAUGGAAAAUAUUUGGUUACAGGAGAGAGCGGACACAUGCCAGCAGUUCGGGUGUGGGACGUGGCUGAGCGAACCCAGGUGGCAGAGCUCCAGGAGCACAAGUAUGGUGUGGCCUGUGUGGCCUUCUCCCCCAGCUCCAAGUACAUUGUGUCUGUGGGCUACCAGCAUGACAUGAUUGUCAACGUGUGGUCAUGGAAGAAAAACAUCGUAGUGGCAGCCAACAAAGUCUCAAGUAAGGUGACAGCAGUGUCAUUCUCGGAGGACUGCAGUUACUUUGUCACUGCUGGAAAUCGACAUAUCAAGUUCUGGUACCUGGAUGACAGCAAAACCUCCAAGGUCAAUGCCACUGUCCCCUUGCUGGGUCGCUCAGGAUUGCUUGGAGAACUGAGGAACAACUUCUUUGCGGACGUGGCUUGUGGAAGGGGCAAAAAAGCUGACAGCACUUUCUGUAUCACAUCCUCAGGCCUGCUCUGUGAAUUCAAUGAAAAAAGGCUGCUAGACAAGUGGGUGGAGCUGAGGAAUACAGACAGCUUCACAACCACUGUGGCAAACUGCAUCUCUGUGAAUCAUGACUACAUCUUCUGUGGCUGUGCUGACGGCACCGUGCGGAUUUUUAACCCUCUGAACCUUCACUUUGUCACUACUCUGCCAAAGCCACACUUCCUGGGAACUGACAUCGCAAGUGUGACUGAGGCCAGCCGUCUUUUCUCUGGUGUGGCUGAUGCGAAGUAUCCAGACACCAUUGCCUUGACCUUUGACCCCACCAACCAGUGGCUUUCCUGUGUGUACAAUGACCACAGCCUGUAUGUGUGGGAUGUCAAAGAUCCGAAGAAAGUGGGCAAGGUGUACUCUGCUUUGUAUCACUCUUCCUGUGUGUGGAACAUUGAGAUGUAUCCAGAGGUGAAGGACAACAAUCAGCCCUGCCUCCCCCCUGGUUCCUUCAUCACCUGCUCCUCUGACAACACCAUUCGUCUGUGGAACACUGAAAGCUCCAACAUCCACGGCACAGCCCUGCAUCGCAACAUCCUCAGCAAUGACUUGAUGAAAAUCAUCUAUGUAGAUGACAACACUCAGGUACUUCUGGACACUGAUUACAACUCAGCAGGAAGUGCAGACAAAGCUGAUGCACAAGUGCUGGAUACAAAGGUGGGGAUACGCACUGUCUGUGUGAGUCCCAGCGGGGAGCACCUGGCCUCAGGGGACAGGAUAGGCACUCUCAGAAUAUAUGAGUUGCAGUCUCUGAAGGAAAUGCUGAAGGUGGAAGCCCAUGACUCAGAGAUCCUAUGUCUGGAAUACUCCAAACCUGACACAGGUUUAAAGCUCUUAGCUUCAGCCAGUCGGGAUAGAUUGAUUCAUGUCUUGGAUGCUGGGAAGGACUAUAGCCUGCAGCAAACCCUGGAUGAACAUUCUUCUUCCAUCACUGCAGUGAAAUUUGCAGCCAACGACGGGAAAGUGCGGAUGAUAAGCUGUGGGGCAGACAAGAGCAUCUAUUUCCGCACUGCGCAGAAGACAGGAGAAGGGGUCCAGUUUACCCGAACACAUCACAUUGUUAGGAAGACCACACUUUAUGACAUGGAUGUGGACCCCAGCUGGAAAUAUGCAGCUAUUGGAUGCCAGGAUCGGAACAUCAGGGUUUUCAACAUAAGCAGUGGGAAGCAGAAGAAGCUUUACAAGGGAUCCCAAGGUGAAGAUGGCACCCUUAUCAAAGUGCAAACAGAUCCUUCUGGUCUUUAUAUUGCAACCAGUUGUUCUGACAAGAACCUCUCCAUCUUUGAUUUCUAUUCUGGCGAGUGUGUUGCAACCAUGUAUGGGCACUCAGAGAUUGUAACUGGGAUGAAAUUCAGUAAUGACUGCAAACAUCUGAUCUCUGUUUCUGGUGACAGCUGCAUCUUCAUCUGGCGUCUGAGCUCAGAGAUGACCAUCAACAUGCGGCAGCGACUGUCGGACAUGAAGCAGAGAGGGAAGCAGGCAGAGAAGCCUCCUCCUCACAAGGCAGCUGCACUCAUGAGGCAUGAGUCCAUCUCUGCCCUGUCCUCUGUGCCUGCCCUCUCAUCAGACAGCGAUAAGGAUGGUGAAGAUGAAGGCAAUGAUGAAGAUGAGUUACGAGGGCUGCAGUCUUUCCACAUUCAGUCCAACUGCAACACUGAGAGAGACUCAGAUCCAGACCUUACCCUCUCAAGAAGCCUUUCCCACUGGGAAAUGAGGAGGGCCAAAGAGAUAGCAGCGAUCCAGCGCUCAGAGGCACCGAUGAGCAAGGGGCCCCGGCAGCGUGGCCGCUGGUCCCAGCCCAGCAGCAGCAUAGAGAUGACGGUGAAAUCCAUGCUCGACCUGCGGCAGCUGGAGUCCUUCUCUGCUUCCCGCUCUCCAAGCCGAGACUCGCUGUCCCAGAACAGCAAUGGGGACGACAGAGAAGAGCACACGGACCUUCCUGUGCACGUCAACAAAGUUGGCAGCUCAAUACCUCCCCAAGAUAAUGGGUCUUGUGCACGACCCCAAGUGAUUCGUCUUGUGUCUUGUGAAGAAGGGAUUUUCUCUCAGGAACUGGAACCUUCUGAGAGUGAGGAAUGUGUAAUCUACCCUGAGCAAGAUGAAAUCCAUCCCACAGACUCUAGCAGUGAGUUCCAGGUAAAAGCAUUGCCCCAUGGGAAGCUGUGUAGAGGUUAUCACAGCAAUGGAUGCCCAGACAAACACAGUCCAGACAGUGCCUGCUCUGUAGAUUACAGCAGCAGUCGUCUGUCCAGCCCAGACCAUCCGAAUGAAGAUUCUGAAGGCACUGAGCCUCUAAGCGUAGAUGGUGUUUCAGACCUGGAGGGAGAAGAAGGAGAGGAGGAUGUGGGUACUAGCAUGCCUGAGGGAGAAAUUCCUCAGAUACCUGAUCAGGAAAAGUUCCUCAAGGAGCAUUUUGGGACCCUGAGCAACACUGAUGGAAAAGGUGGCUCAUGUAGGAAUCUGGAAAGAACCGAAACCCUCAGCAUUUCCUCUCGCUUUCUUUCCCAGUCCCCGGCUCUCAGACGACUGUCACUCUCUUCAUCCAAUCUGACACUGGUUUCAAAGCCCAUCGAGCCACCAACCCAGACCAGUCAGUUUACAUCAAACCUGUUGAAAAAUGACAGCAGCCAUCCUGGUGACGCAUCGGAGAGCGGCCAGCUCCUGGAGAAUGUAAAUUCAAACCGAGCUGCCUGUGUGCAGAAGAAGCGCAGAUCAGCUUUGGAGCCCAGCAGAGCUGGUAUGGCUCCUGGACGGGUUACUGCCUCCUUUCCAGAAGGGCCUGUGAAUGCAGUCAUGAGGAAGGCACAGUCAGUGCAUGACCUCAUGCAUGAGGAUAAGGGUCCAGGAGUGAUAUCCUCUGCCAAGCAGCGUCCUCAGACUCUUUUGGUGGUUGAGAAGGAUCCCAGACCUAACAAUUGCAGGGUGUUAUCAGCCAGUAUGUUGAAGAUGGAUGGAUCUGGUGCUCUGCUGGCCAAAGAUGUCAGGGCUGCAAAACCAAAGUCCUACAUGAACCCCACAACCAGCUUCCGGGCUAAGAUGUCAAGGAGCAUAUCUGUAGGGGAAAAUCUGUACCUUGGUUGCUCCACUGAAAUGUUGACUGAUGGGAGGACUAGUCCUCCAGUGACAGAGAAGACACAGUUUAGUUCCACAUCAGAUGCUGAGAAGAUUAAGCUGCCAGUGAAAGAAAAUGUUCCAGUGAAACCUGCACUCCAGCCAGUUGUAAACUGCUCAUCUCCCAAGUCCUUCCACAGCAAGUUGGCAUCAUCAAACCGAGCACAUCUGAUUCUUGACAUUCCCAAGCCAUUGCCUGAUAGACCCACACUGGCCUCCUUCUCACCCACUACCAAAGCAAAAACCCUGCUUGAGCCACAGUCUCCACAGUCACCUGCUGGGGCCUCUAAAAAGAAGCCCUCUUUUCCUGAGGUCCGAACCUCCAAGAGGGAGAAUCAAACUGCUGGGUUUCUGGUUCCUGGUAGAGAGGUCUCAACAGGGCUUGCUAAGGAGAGCCCAGUGGAUUAUUCAGUCUCAAGGACAGAUUGCCAGGAUGAGCCAGGGGUCACUAGUCUAAAAGUGAGGGAAGUGUCAGAGGGCCAGCAGCUAAGUUCUCCUGAGAGCACACUGCCCAGGGGCAGGGAGCGGAUCACCGGCAUCGCCUGUGUGCUAGACAGCCAGCCUGGACUUUGCCCACUAGACCCCAUCAGGCUCAGGUCUCCUACAGCUAUAACUGCCUCGGCACAGGUCUCAGAGUCGGGCAUCAGCAUAGAGCAGUGUGAGCAUGUGGUGUCCGAGCUCCAGGACAGCAUGCGCAGAGCCCUUCACCUCUACCGCAGGGUACUAAACGAUACGGAAUCUUCUACUGACAAAGAUAAAAUAGCAGGCCUCCUGACAGAAGCAUUCUCCUCCAUGAAGAAAGAGUUGGACUCUCUGAAGGAUGCAGAAGAGCUUCCAAAAGACAAGGAGGCACUGGUGAAGCCACAAGAUAACACUAGCCCACUGAAUGAGGGAUGUGGUGCCAAUCUACCGAGUCCCAAGAGCUUGGGAGAUGAGCAGACACUCGCUUUGUUGGAACAGUACUCGGAGCUAUUGCUGCAAGCUGUGGAACGACGCAUGGACAAAAAACUCUGAGGGGUGGCUUUCAGGUGUUUGUGAAUACACAGAAAUAAUUGCAAGAAGAGGACCACAGAGAGAGCUUCAGACCAAUGCUACCAUCAGCUGGUCUAGGGCUGGUGGGGAUACAUUUAUAAAUUGAUUUCCUCAGGCUCCAACAACUGACUUGUUCCAAUUCUUAGCAAUGUGCUGGCCACAGUUUUAAUAUUUGUUUCCCAAUGGUCUUCAACUUCCAAGACUUCUAAACAAAGUCUUGAAAGAGGAAUUUGGAGGAAUUGCCUUGAAAUUUCUUCAUAGCCAGGAGAUCAGGAUGCUUGACACCUAAAAUACAAAGAAAAUCCAGUUUAUCCAAGAAAUUCUGAACUGCUGACUAACAGCAAAGGUCAAUGUGAAGCCAAUCCCUUCCUCUCCAAGACUUCAUGAGAAUAAGAAAUCAGACUUUUUAUUGGUUCAUUUAUUAAUUUAUUUCUCUUGACUGUUCCUCUAUGCCACGUUUGUGGCUGUUACCUUUGUCCUUUAAAAAAACUGUCAAUCCCUUUGCCAUAUCCCAGCGAGAAACAAUCUCUGUAUUAUAAAUCCCCAACAGGGAGACAGGCUGGAGUGUCUGUGCAAUUAAUGAACUGUUCUCUGCUUAGAUAUUUUCUUGCUGUUCUUGGUUUUCCUGCCUUGGUUUUGUUCCCUGCAGUAAUCCUGCUGUUGUUAUGACAACCCUGUCUGCUUUCCUAUUGUGUCAAAAUAGUCCCCACACUGUAUCUUAUUUGCAUUCACCUCAAGGGAAAGGCUCUGUAUCCCUUGGGCCAUGCUUUGGAGAUUACUUUAUGAAUUCAUCCAGUGGUAUUUUUAAUCUGGAAUUUGAAUACUUCAGACUGGGUUUUCUGCAGACAUUUUAAAAAUUGGAUUUAGAUGCAAUACAAAAGUUUAUUUCAGCCAGCUUUCAUGAUUAAGAAUUGGAUAUUGACUUUGUUAUGAUUUAUUUUUGGAGAAGUGACAUGGAAAAGAUGGUUUCCAUCUCGUACAGUGUCACUAUGGGUUUGAGAGAUCUUCAGUGCCAUGGCUCAUCUGUGUCAUUUGUUCAUUUCACUGUGAUAGGAAAAUGUUUUCUCCUUGCCUUUACAUGAAAACAGAACAUUUACAUCACAAGAAAGCUGGGAUUCUUUUACCUUUUGUAAAGUUAUUUCAAAUACCCUCAUAAAAUUAUUUCCUAAGAACUUCAAAUGAGAUAUUUUGGGGUGUGAUGACCACCAUUUCUCCUGCCUCUAGCUUCUUUGCUUUUAAGGAAUUUCUGGUCUGAGAAACAGAAUCUUCUCUUCUUGCAUUUGUAUGUGCAAUAUUCUUCUUGCCCUGUGGAGCUUCUCUAAACCCAUGCUAACUUGUGUCUGUUGUGGCUUAAAAUUGUCCAAUGAUGUUUUUUAGGUCAAUGAUAUAAGCUAAGGAAAACAAUUUUAAACCAAUGAAAUUCUUCAGCACCUUCCCCCUUACUCCCAUUCCUUUCAACAACAGGGGAAAAAACACGAAAUGUUUUCAUUUCUUGCAUCUCCAGUCUGUCUUGCAUUUAUUUUUAAGACAGCACAGUGUAAUCCGAGUUCAUAAAACUAAUGCAAGCAACAAGAGUUUGAUGGGAGAGAGACUGCUAGCAUCUGUGGAAGUCAGUCAGAGACAGCCAGACUGCAUCACUUGGUUGCAGAGGUUACAGGGUGGAAGCAGGUUUUUCAUUUUACUGUCCUGGCUGCUGUUUCUCUGAAACCCUGUGGCACUUGGAAAUGUGGUCUGUUGACUUUCUGUGACUGCAGAUCUGCAAUGCAGCCUUUUUUCUGCUGGUCUGGCCAGACUGGCAUAGGACAACUUGUUUCUCCUGAGUACUCUAGGGCUGAAUAAUCUGCAGUUCUGUCUCCCCCCCCCAAACAGGCUGCCUGAUCACUGCUGAGUGCUUCAGGACAUGGCAGCAUGGGAAACAUUUUGAGAGCUUUCCAGCUCCUUCUGCCUGUAAUUGAAAUCUGCCUAAUCAUGUUUCAGAUGUCCUUGCUAACCUUUCUUUCCAUGGGCUUAUACUGAAACUUUAAAGGGGUUAUUUUCUAGUCCCUUCUCUGCACUGUAUUCUGCUGAAUCAGCUGGUGUGCUCAGUCCCAUGGGCAGCUGCUCUUGCACAGACAGGUUUUGCAAAGGAAGGCAAGUUGGAAACCAGAGAGGAAGUUUCUGGCAGUGAAAAGGUGAGCUGGAGAUGCCAUGAGUGGAAUGUGUGAUAACAGCCAUGUUGGGUCUGUGAUGGGAGUUAGUGUGGGUCAAGCUUGCUUUUGAGGUGACCUGUUCCUCCACUUUCAGACUGUGAACAUAUGUCCUAGUAUACAGGGAAUUUCUUGCUGUACUGGGGCCACAAGACACUCAGGAAAAAUAGCAGCCCCUUGAACCCAGGUGUAUUUUGGUACUGUUGAUAAUGGUUUGAGGGUCCUUUAUAUUACUUCCUUGUGCAAUUUUAUACCAUGUUAUUAUUUAAACAUUGAGGUAGUGACAAAAAGGUCAGAGAUGAUACAGAAGAGCCAAGUGGUGAGAAUGAAAUGACCGUGAAAGUAAAGGGCAACAACCAGCAAAGCUGACAUAGAGAUAUGAAACAAAGCUCCUUGGAAAUAAGUUGUGUGAAGCAAAUCUGGUUUUUAAGCUGAUCAGAGUGGGUUUUAUUUCCUGGAAUGGACUUUGCUAUAGGUCAUGGCUGUGUACAGGAAACCAGAGGUUUCUGAUCAGAAUAAUGGUAAGAAAAGUGUUGGGCAGGUAGAUCAGUUGGAGAAUGGUUGUGUAGUUUAACAUAAAUUUAGAACAAUGUAUGUAGGAGACUCAGGAAAACAGUAGAAGUAGAGAUGGUCUUGGUCUGAAGAACACCAUUUGGCCAAUACCUGUGAAUGAUACAAUACCAAAAGGCUUCAGGAAAGUAGAUAUAGGACUUGGAGAUGGUGGUCUGUAAUUGAAGGAUGAAUGGGAAGGAGUUUGUUUUUAAAUAUGUUCUGUUGAGCCUCUUGCUUCUUCUCUUGCAACUGUUCUCUAAGCAGCUUUUUUUUUUUCUUAAAUGGCAAAGUCCUGAGCUGCUUGUUUGAGGCUUUGAUGUUUUGAAUUGAUUAGACGCCCAGUAAAUGCUGGUGCCACAAGUUUGUUGCUGAGAGGGGUAAGGGGAUAGUGUUGCUCUUUAUAAUUUAAGAGUGAUCUAACUAAUUGUUCCCUGCUAACUUCCUAUUGCUGGCAGUAGGAAAUAUUCCUAAAACCUCUAGUUUACAGAACAAAAAGAGCAUAAAUGCAUUGCAUUUGCACCUUGUGAACAUGUUUCACUACAGGCUGUCCAUUGGGCCACGUAGAGAAAUAAUGAGUGGUAACUGCCUGGGAAGUCAAGAGGCUUGUCAGAGGAGGUAAUAAAUUUGAGUCUAUCCCUCUUAAUGGUUUGUGAUCCCUUUUACUGGUGGGUGUUAGCAUAGGCACAGCAAGAUACCUGUAUUACGAUAAGUUAUUUGUUUAACAUAAAGCCUGAAAAAGUAAUUUGGAUCUACCUAUCCUCUUUACAUAUAUUUUCCCCUCUUCAACCCAACAUUCCUGGUCAAAAUGAGAAGUUUUAUGUUUCUUUUCCAUCUUGCAAAUAGUACUGCUUUGCCUGUGGAAUCCCUCAGUUCGUUUAAGGGCUCUCUUGAAUUGGGACAGUAGGAAGGGCUGCAACCUGAAAGGGCAGCAAACUGUUGUAUUUCCUGCUGCAAGCAGGUAACACCUUCAUCUUCCCCAUCCCUCAGCGGCACUCGGGAGCUGUGUGUAUGGGCAUCCCUUUCUUCCACCUCCUCUCUCAGGUUGUCCUCUCCUUUCCAUGCCAUCUCCCAAGUGAUGACUGGGGCAUGGCCUUACAGCAGCCCCUUCCCCAGCCUCCCCGUUUUGCAGACUUCAUCAUGACUCAGAGGAAUUGGGACGUUUCUUUCUGGGAGUAGAAACAUACCAACUUAAUUUUUUAAGAAGAACGAAUAUGUAUAUACUUAUAUAUAAUGAAAAAAAAAAAAGAAAAAAGAAAUGCAGGUAUUUAAACACCCUUGGUAAACUCAUGCAUGUAUACAGUGUCUUCCCCCAGCCCGUUGGAUGUUUAGCAUCCAGGACACUAAAUGACAAAAACCUCAUUGAAAUGGUAGACAGGUCUUCUAGCAGCCCCCCGAGAGAGCAAGUGGUUCCUUCUCUGGGUAAGGUCCGGCGUGUCCCGUGUUUCAGGGCGCGGGGCGGCUGGGGCUGUGCUCGUGUCACACGGAACAAGCCAUGUGCGCCCCGCGCGUCCUGCUGCGCCUCGGGCAGGGCAGGGCAGGCGCCUCCUCACCCCGUCCCCCUCCUGCACUGCCCUUUUCCUUCACUCCUGUGAAACGCAAACAAAAAACCCUUCCUGCUUUAUUUAUAAAUGCGCGUUUUUAUACUUUCGGCUUUAGGCAAAAUAAUACUUUGUCCUUUUUUUAAUUAUUAUUUGGGGAAAGAAUUAAAAAUUCCUUUUGUUGGUUGGUUUUUUUUUUGUUGUUGUAGUUUUUUUUCUUUUCUUUUCUUUUUUUUUUUUUUUUUUUUUUUUUUUUUUUUUUUUGCACUGUGAGGCUCCCCCGGGAGCUGUUUUUAACUCUGUAUCCAUUUGUACUUCGUGUCUUAAACUGUUUCAAUAAAAACGUGACCAUUUGCUACUGA